CCUCCACCGCUGCAACAAGGAUCUGAGCGAGUUUAAAAUGGGGAUCCAGGAGCCCAGGUUCUACUACCCGGACGCUGUUCAGGGCGGACAGGACGCUCUGACUCUGCCCUACAGCUCGGAGCAGGCGAUGGGGGGCUUCGCUCAGCCGGGCAGGUUUUACGCACAGACAAUCAGCAGCAGCCACUACGGCGGCGUGCGCUCGCCGCCCAGAAGCGCCACCGGGCAGGGUUAUAUCACGGCGGCGGGGGACGGCUUUACUGCUGGCGUUAAAGACGUGUAUACUCCGUCUACGGAAACGUACCCUGCGGGCUUCCAGCACGGUUACCAGCGGCCGCCUCUUUACCCUUUACCUGGACUCCAGGUAAACGGGAAGACGCAGGCGCUGCUCAACAACUACCCGCUGUGGGCCAAGUUCCACAAACUCCAAACAGAGAUGAUCAUCACCAAACAAGGAAGGAGAAUGUUCCCCUUCCUGAGCUUCAACAUCAGUUUUCUGGAACCAACCGCUCACUACAACGUCUAUGUGGAUGUGAUUCUGGCAGACCAGCACCACUGGAGGUACCAGGGAGGAAAGUGGGUCCAGUGCGGAAAAGCAGAAGGAAACAUGCCAGGAAACAGGACAUACAUGCACCCCGACUCCCCCAACACAGGAGCCCACUGGAUGAGACAGGAGGUAUCGUUCAGCAAAAUGAAGCUCACCAACAACAAGGGGAGCACCAACAACGUGUCGCAGAUGAUCGUGCUGCAGUCACUGCACAAGUACCAGCCUCGUCUCCACAUUGUGGAGGUGAAGGAGGACGGCGGGGAGGAUCCCUUCCUCUCGGCUAAAGCUCAGACCUUUGUCUUCCCGGAGACUCAGUUCAUUGCUGUCACAGCCUAUCAGAACGCAGACAUCACUCAGCUGAAAAUAGACCACAACCCCUUCGCUAAAGGUUUCCGUGAUAAUUAUGACACGCUGUACGCUCCUCCCGACUCUGAUCGACUCACACCCUCCCCUACAGAAGGCCAGCAUCUGCUGCCAGGGAGCUGCUACCCUCAAGGCUACCUCCCUGAUCAGUACAUGAGCCCUCUGCCCCAGAGCCGCUUCUUCAGCCGCGAGCCCCUCAGCAUAGCUCAGCAGCACAAGGACCCGUCCUCCAGCCCCAGUCCACACAGUCGUUGGUACCUGCCGCCUCAGCAGGGUGUGGUGUCCAACAGGCUUGACUUCAGUUCCACCUAUGAAGGAGACUUCUCAGGAAACGGUUUCUACAAGCCCUUCCCUUUACAGGCGUCUGCUCACCAUGCCCUCAGCUACUAUCCUGACCAUCCAUUUGCUUCCCCCAGUGUGUCCGUGUCAGGGGCCACCACAGCAGGGUGGAGCACCAGUCGACCCUCACCUCAGUACCUCAGUCACCCCAACAAACCUAACCCCAAUCUAGGCUGGUAUAGGCCCAUUUCGUCUUCCUCUUCUUCCUCCUCAUCUUCAUCCAUGUCACCAGGCAACCCCAGGUUGAACCCGCCCUCUAUUCUUGAGCCCCUGCAGAUGCCACUGCUGCAGGACAAGCCCAAAGACAGUGCUGGAGUAGUGGGCGAGGAGCCUUGGAUGGACGCCCCCUCUGUGAAAUCGGCAGACUCUGCAGACUCGGGCCUGUUUGAGGGCGGCAUGGGGGACAACAAAAAGAGGAGAGUGUCACCCUACACAUCCAGCACGGAAAACUCCCCACCGUCACGCAGUGAGAAGGACAGCGGCAGCACUCCAGACUACUAUGGCUACUACACCCACUGAAGCUCCGGCUUCGCUGCAGCAGCUUGUUCUCACACUGCCACCAUGGCUUGGUAACAGAACACAACAUGACAGAACCACAUGAAAAGAAAUGGGGUUCAUACUGUGAAGACAGGGUUUCUAUAGUGUCAUAUAAUCACAGGAAUGACUUUAGCAGCUACUGCCAAUGGAUCUAAAUGGACCGUGAACAGGAAACUGCCCUCAAGUCACAAAACACCAAAUAGACAUAAAAUGCAGGCUUUUGAAAAACUGUUUGAAACAACUGCAGCUUUAAGAAGCAUAUCUUUGGGCUGACAGACCCCUGCAGGGAUUUUGGUAUGUACCUGCUGCACCAGACUGUUUCCUUUGCACAGUUUUGUCCUUUUCACCCUCAGCUCAGCCUUCAGUCCUCAGACUUAUACAUAUGUUCUCAUUUAUUUUCUCUCAACACGGAGCGCAGUAAAAUUACCUUUAAAUCGCAUUUAAUACCCAAAUCUAGUUCUGCAGCACCCACUAGUGGUGACAGAAUGCAAAAGCUUGUGUGGGUGAACCAACAUAGGGAGGUCAAGAGUGCUUAACACAAAGGUGCUCCAAAGUUAAGGCCGCUAAUCUGUCUGAACCUGCUGAGACAAUCUGUCAGUAAAAGUAAGGCCAUAAAACAUCACUUGUCUAAUUUCUAAUGUUAUGGUAAAAGCAGCACACAGCACUGUUAUGGGAUUACAGGGUAAUACAAGUGAACCGUCCAUCUGCACUGUGAGACACGUGAAACAGAAAUGAGUAUAUCUUAAAGGACAGAAUGUCAUAAAAGACACAAACAGUCAUCAUCAUUCAAACAUUUAUCUUGUCCUAAAUAAGAGAAUGCAAUGUCUGAUUGGUGCUGAAUUGACCUCCAUGUGGGGUGGGGGUUACAAACAGGGUUUACUGCACUUCUCCAUGAUAUGAGUGCAAUGGAAUAAUACAUUGAUUUUUAAUCUUAGGUAAAACUCCUUCCUUUACUCGUUCUUUGGUUUUCGACAUCAGCUGGUGUCCAUUCAGUUUCAUCAAUGAAAUUUUCUGCUGUUAAAUAUUUUUACACAGAAAAUUGUCCUCACUACUUGAUGAAAAGAGACAACGCAGACAGGAGGCAAAGUCAUUGCAAACAAAGUCACCACAGUACAUUUUCUAUGCUCAGUUAAAGAGGUGUGUUUAGUUUAUUCUUUAUGGAAAAUUCAAAUUUUUAUUUAACAACAUAUUGAUACUACUCAGUUAAAACAAUACUUAUUUAUUAGUGUCUAAGUAAAGUUUGUAAUCCAACCAUCAGGUGCAGGGCCCAUAACUGAAUCAGAAAAGGAGAAUCUUUAGUAAAAGUACUAGAAAAUGUCAUUUAGUAACUGUGAAAACAUACUGUUUAACAUAUUUAAAUUAUUUUUGUUUUGUAAAGCCCCGUCCGCACCGAAAGAAUUUUGUUUCGGUUAUUGUAAUAAGAUGAAAUGAGCUUACAAUGUCUUUGCACUCUGAAGACAUAACGCAGCUUCAUUUAAGUUUCCACUGCUGUAUCUCAGCCCUGGAGUGUUUGUAUACAGCAGGAAAACACGCCCUCUCAGCGGUUCAUUCAGAGGAGCUACAAAAACCUGAAGGUAAAAUUUAAAAAAAGACACUGUCACCUUUCAAGUGACAUUAACAGGAAGCUCAGACGGACCAGGCAGACAUGUUAAAUCCCCUCCCUCAGUUUACAGGUCUAACAUGUGAUGACAGUGGUGGGACAAAGACCAAAGACUGAGUCUUUGUGACAGAAUGGUGGAGGCUGAAGUCAGCACAGAUCACAGAUCUGCUCCUUCAGACAGCGCUUCAGCUGACAGACAGACUCUUGUUAGCAAACCUAAACAUCACCAGUACGACUGUAAAAUGUUCUUAUUAAUGACCUGUUGUUACACUUCAGAUUUCAUAGAUUAAAUUUAAAAAACCAGCAUUAACCUAACCAGGGAAAUUCAGAGAUGCUGGAAGACAUACCAGGGACAGCGUUAUUAUUAUUGUUGCCCCUUAUAAAAGUCAUUUUAAAUAUAUGUUUAUUUACAAGUCAAGUACUUGUUUUAUGAACAUAGAUAUUUAAGCAUUUAAUCAUUAAUGAGAUUAGUUUGAUAAAUAUGUAUCAGGCUUUAUUAUUAAUUCUUAUUUAAGUACCAAAGUGUGUAAAAUGGAUGUUGGAGUCACUGUAAAGUUAAUAUAUUUUUUAAAAUCCUGACUACUCUUUGUUAAUUUUCACUUUUUUUUAAGAAAUAUAUUUUUGCUCAUUUUCAUGGCUUCCUGAUAUUGUGAAAACCAACAUGGAAAUGUCACAAUUAAAGGCUGAAUUUUGUCACUCAGUAAAAAAAUAAUAAUUACAUCAUGGGCAACAAAAACAAAAAGCUGUUUGGUACAAUCAUUGACGUAUAAUGUUACUAAAUGUACUUUACUGGUGUAGUACAAAACUAAUCUAAAAGUGCAAUUAAUUGAAAGGGAAAAUAAGUAUUUUAAUUAUUUAGUCUUCUAACGACUUCUAACGAGUCUUUUUGUGUGUUAAUUAACGAUAACCCCACACCGCGUGCAAGAAAUUACACAAAACAGCAGAAAAGGGUGGGCAGCCUUGACACGACUCAGAAACGACCCCUGCUGGACACUUCAGCAACCGCAAUGAAUCAAUAUAAUAUUCCAACAAUUCUUUUUUCCUUUUGAGUUGUUAAACUCGACGUUACUAUCGAGAGGAGAAGUCUGAGUGUGGAUGCUGAGAAUUUGCUGCAUUAUAUAUUAAUAAGUGACAUAAGCAGCAGAGACACCCAGCAGGCCACAAAACAAGCAUGUUUUUUUUUUGUGUGUUUUCAACGUGCACUGUUUAAUGUCAAAGGGGAGCAAGGACUGACUCCUUUGAUAAUAGCUUAUACAGAUCAAUCCCCAAUUCAGAAUAUUAUAAAAGGGAAGGUUUCUGAAGCUGGAACUGUUAUUUAUUGAGAACACAAGAAAAGAGUUGGCUUAUUGUGUAAAGUACUGUUGUUUUUCUAUUCAUGAAAUUAAAGCUUAUGUAUGACAAUCCUUUGGAUUCCUUCUGAUCUCAUAUCGCUGUGAUUGUACUGAAUGUUUACAUAUAACAUAAUAAAGUUCCAAGUGUUUCACUGAGCUGGCUGUAAAAUGCAAUUUCCACAUUUGAGUACAUUUCUUUUGGAAAGUUAUCAGCUAAAAAUAUGUUGCAAAAAGGAAUAAAAGUGACAAUAAUCUUAUAACAACAGUUUUUUCAUUUUAACAGAUGACUUGAUGAGAACAUUUCCUGUGCAGCGUGACAGAUAACCAUGAACCAGUCAUGGCUAUAAAAAACUAAACUAAACUAAAAAACAUAAGCAGCACCAUCUCCAUUUUCUCAAAAUGGUUCACACGUGCUGUUAAUAUACUGUAUAUAUUUUUUAACCACUGUAUUUGUUAGUAGCAGCUCACAGCUGUCAACCCAUCACCACAGGACUGUGUUUUCCAUGUUGGCAAAACCUGGAUUUUCCCUGACAUUCCAGUAGGUGUCGUUUGUUAUCCACACCUCUCGUCCACAGGAAUCUUUGGCUUUUCU